CCUCCAGUGGGCGGAGCUUAAUCCCGGCAUAGAGGCGGUUGGCGACGGUUGGGGCCCGCAGAGCCUCUUUAAAAUGAAACCGAGCGGGGCUGGGAGUAACGGAGUACCAGAGAGCGCGCCGGGGCCGACGCUGGGCUUGCGUGCGGAGGGAAGCGGGUCGGGAGCCGCUGCCUGCAGCUGUGGGCGCCAAGCGUGGAGCGCCGAGGCGGGCAGCAGCGCUGGUGGGUUGUUGCUGCUGCUGCUGGCGGCGGCGGCGGCGGCGGGGGGCUGUGCCCUGAGGUGUUAAAGAAGCGAGACGUUCCCCUCCACGGCUAUUCGCUCACCUUGAAGAAGACCAGGAAGAUUAUUUUUAAAAGUGGGGGAGGGGAAAACGUUCAAUGUUCUCAAAUCUGUUUUAAAACGUUCCAUUUUGUAAUAUUAAAAAGAAUCCCCAAACUGCCUCCUCGCACAUGCAUUUUGAAUAUUCUUACCUAUCUCCUCUUCAAAGACUACUUCUAUUUUUAUUCCCCCGCCCAAUCUUAAUUUGGAUUUGAGAGGAAGCUGGAUUAAGUGGUUCCCUUCUCUUCUCCGAAGCAAAGAGGGAAUCAGAAAGGGGGCGGGGGGGAAGCAUUUCGUUUGCUUCCUUUCACUCCUUGAGAGGGGAGUGCUUCUCCUGGAGAGGAAACCAUCGAACUAUUCUUUAAGAAAGUUUCUUUCCUUGGCUUUUUUGUGCGUGCAAUGGACGGCUAAGCUUUAUUUUGUGGUGUGCCAUACUAUUUAUUUUUGAAAGAAAAGAAGCCUGAAAAGAGGAAUUCCUGAGAUUACUGAUCUGCCUCAGUUUGUCACAAUGUACAACACGGUGUGGGAUAUGGAUCGCGAUGACACAGAUUGGAGGGAGGUGAUGAUGCCGUAUUCUACCGAGUUGAUAUUUUAUAUCGAAAUGGACCCUCCAGGAUCACCUUCUGCAUUUUUAGAAAUUAGCAUCAUAGGCCCAUUUAAUCUCUGAACUAAACAUCCUCAGUUUUUCAGUGUCUCUUUGCCCAGGAAAAGUCUUCAGGAAUUAUAUCAGAAUGUCCUCUGCAGACUUCCCAUACAACUUAACCUAGAUGGAAGCUCUACACACUCUGCUUUGAAAGCUCUUGAGGGAGAUGGCUUACCUGGCAUUCACUUGAUUUUUGACUCUUCCUCCAAAGCCCUCCAAACCAGUAACUCCAGUAAAUACAAAUGGGAUAAAAGAGAAUUGCAGUUCAUCACUGCAGGAUGCAGAAUGGUACUGGGGGGACAUUUCAAGGGAAGAAGUAAAUGACAAACUACGAGAUAUGCCAGAUGGAACUUUCCUUGUGCGAGAUGCAUCAACAAAGAAACAGGGAGACUAUACUUUGACACUGCGAAAGGGUGGCAAUAAUAAAUUGAUAAAAAUUUAUCAUCGUGAUGGAAAAUACGGUUUUUCUGAUCCAUUAACAUUUAAUUCUGUUGUGGAAUUGAUCAACCAUUAUCGCCAUGAAUCUCUUGCCCAGUAUAAUCCUAAACUUGAUGUAAAGCUGAUGUAUCCUGUAUCCAGAUACCAACAGGAUCAGUUGGUAAAAGAAGAUAAUAUUGAUGCUGUGGGCAAAAAACUUCAGGAGUAUCACUCUCAAUAUCAGGAGAAAAGUAAGGAGUAUGACAGAUUAUAUGAAGAAUACACCAGAACUUCACAGGAAAUUCAGAUGAAGAGGACAGCAAUAGAAGCUUUUAAUGAAACAAUUAAAAUAUUUGAAGAACAAUGUCACACCCAAGAGCGAUACAGUAAGGAAUACAUUGAACGAUUCCGAAGAGAAGGAAAUGAGAAGGAAAUUGAACGGAUUAUGAUGAAUUAUGAAAAAUUAAAGUCACGUCUGGGUGAGAUCCAUGAUAGUAAGCUGCGACUGGAACAGGAUUUGAAGAAGCAAGCCCUGGACAAUCGAGAAAUUGAUAAGAAAAUGAACAGUAUCAAACCUGAUCUUAUUCAGCUACGCAAAAUCAGAGAUCAGUACCUUGUCUGGCUUAAUCAUAAAGGAGUGAGGCAGAAGCGAAUUAAUGACUGGCUGGGAAUCAAAAAUGAAAACAUUGACGAUACAUAUUUUACAAAUGAAGAGGAUGAAAACCUGCCACAUUAUGAUGAGAAGACUUGGUUUGUUGGAGACCUCAAUCGCAUCCAAGCAGAAGAUUUGCUUUGUGGGAAACCUGAUGGUGCAUUUUUAAUUAGAGAAAGUAGCAAGAAAGGCUGUUAUGCUUGUUCUGUGGUAGCUGAUGGCGAAGUUAAACACUGUGUGAUCUACAGCACUCCAAGAGGUUAUGGGUUUGCAGAGCCAUAUAAUCUAUAUAGCACCCUUAAAGAAUUAGUCCUUCAUUACCAGCAUACCUCCCUCGUCCAACACAACGAUUCCCUCAAUGUCCGGCUUGCUUAUCCAGUCUACGCACAGAUGCCCUCCCUUUGUAGAUAAAUUCUUGGAGGGUGAAGUGUAGGGUGAAAUGUUGGUUAUCUCGGAUUUUCUUUUCUACAGUUUUUAUUAGAACCCAGAGGGCAUUCUUUCUCCUUAGACUGCUUGUUUUGCACAAGAAGUGAUUUGAUGAAUGUGAAUCGGAAACCUAGCAGCAACAAGACAACAGCUUUGGGGUAGGUGCCCUGGUGCUACCUGAAGAUCAGCUGUGUUUUUAUAUAAGGAGACUCUCUCGUUUUCCCUAUAGGAAACAAGUAAACAUUCUAAAAUGCAUAUGAGAAACCUAAAAGCAAAACUGUGGAGAGAAACAUUUUGCCAGGCACCGUCAGUGAAACUUCUACUUGGAUUUUUGUUUUUCUGAGGUAUCGGUAACGUUGUUCAGUCUUAAGCUCUAGGAAAAUGAAGGAAAAGUCUCUGCUACAGAAGCUUUUCCCUGUUAAUUUUAGCAGCUUUGCUGCAAGUCAGACAAACUUACAAAUGAGGGCUCAUCUUGAUGUAGCAUGGGAUUUGGUGAGAGGAGACCAAAGGAGUUAUGGGGAGAGUUUCAGGUUCUUAUUUAAAAGAAAAUCCUCAAAGAAAUAUUGCUUUAUGUUUUACCAACAAUAACAAAGUUUUGGCUAUGUCAGCACUACAUGUCUACAAAUAAAGGAAACCAAAUUGAACCCACCAAAACUUCGCUCGUUGCUGGAUUGAGCACUUAUGGGGAAAUACUGCAUUUGCAACCGCACACUUGCCAAAACUUGAAGGGAGAAAUAUAAAAGCUAAAACUGUGUGUGUUCAAAACUAACCUAACCUGAUCUAACUGUACCACCACCCCCCACCCCUUAUUACUUUAAAAAAAAAUCCUUUCUUCCAAGGAUAUCGAAGUUUGUUUUUAAAUGAUAUGAAACUUUGGGAUGUAAACCAGGAUGAAGCUGGCACUUGGCAUGUGUGUAAGAUGCCAAACAAUGAAUAUUCUGUUUGAAAACAUUUUUAAAAAAUUUUUGAAGUGCAAUGGAUUGCUUCUUAUAGCUUGUUAAACCAAAAACUAUGGGUGCAGUCAACGUACUGUUGAAACUGGCUACAAAACAAAACAAUACUUGUAAUGCAUUUGGAUUGCACCCUAAAUAAACUAAUUCCAUUGCACAGAUUGUAUACUUGCCCUUAGAAUUCAUUAUGGGAUUACCAUAAGACAAACAUUUUGUUUUCUGAAUUCAGUGGGACUGGUUAAGCUCUAAAGUGGUAGAAUCUGUCAUUACAUAAAGAAUUUUGCUUGGUGUUCUGCCAUAGUCAGAUUCAUCUGAAUUAUGUGUAACAGCAAAUAGUGAGAACUGGAUUCACUAUACUGUGAGAAUUUGUGCUCCUAAAAAUGCUGUGUUACUCUUUUUUAUUUUCUUUUUUGUCACUUAUGCCCUUGUUGAUUUUUAUUGCCAUUUCUAAAGAUUAUACUUGAGCUAGAACGUGUGCUUAGGCAACAAGGAAAAAUAGGCAUUCAGCAAAAAGUCUUUCUUCUUCUAUGUAGUAUUUGAAGUAUAUGCCAGGAAGUUGGAACAUUUUGAUAUUUUUUUUCUGGCUCUACCCCACCUUCAGUGCCACCUUGACCCCCCAGACUGUUAGACUUCAAUGUUUACACAAAGCAGAAUGCACUAUAGGGGAGCAUAGAAGUAUUAUGCAGAAUAUUAAAUUGGUGAACAUGAUAAAUCUUGAGCACUCAUCAACAGCUGGAGGGGCCAAACUAGAUUGCUUGAUGUGUCCCAAAAGCACUUCUGUUUUGCACUAAUCUUCUGCCACUUAAGCUAAGUGCUGGCUAACCAGCUGAACAUAGUCUUCUAAAAAUGGAACUGUGGUUGUCAAAAGAUCUACCCUCUAGUCUUCAAAUUUGUGAGAAGACCAUGAAUGACCUGAUGUGCCCCUUCUCCUCAAGCCCUCUCUCUGCAGCCUGGACACUCAUUUUCCUUUUAGUCACCAGCAAUACACUUCUUUCAUUAAGUGUAGCUUUGGAUUUUCUCAAUCCAAAGAAAGAAAGAAAAUUUUUUGUUCUUCCUCCUGGGGACCUGGCUAGCUUGCACUUGCACAUUUUAAUCUGGCACCUGCACACUACCUAAUAUUCCCUUGUCAUAAUAUCUAGCCUAAGCUGUGGAAACCUUCCCUGGCUAACCAGUGAUUGCUUUCUGAAUACCAUAGAGGAGUUCUAAGUAAACAAUGAAAUAAACUAAUUGGCAGUAUAAUAUAGAGCUACAUAAAGUCAUUCUCUGUUCCUAGAUAAAUGUGAUCCAAGUUUGCCUAUAGAGCAUCAGUGGCUCCUGUGUUUUGUUUCCGACCGUCGAUACAUUCAGAAUCAUAUGAUCUCUUCAGACUUCCUAUUUUAAAUCUGAUGCACUUUCAAGUUCACACAUUCAAAACCAUUUUGAUUAGGACUGUGUGCAAAUUAAACUACAUAUAUGGCUUCAUUUUGGUUUGCCUCUCUUUGCAUUUGGUUUGGGUAAAUAAGUAACAUCUGCUGGUGUUAUCCAUCUGGUGUUAGCAUGCCUCUCGCAUUAGACUUUUUUGAACAGACUUGGCAAGUGAAAACGUGUUCUGGAGCCAGUUAAAUUAUGUAGCAAGUAUGUUCUGUCACAGUCCUCUUUCAGUUUCCAGCAAUGUUCUUACCUGUAAUAAUUGUUACACUAAUGAAAUUUAGCUGACCUCAAGUCGCAGUAUUACUUUUCAUGGCUCAGAUCACCUUUGGUUGUUGGACUCAGCCCUACUAGCAUGACCAGCUGUGUUUAUGAAGCUAAAACAAAUGCAUAAGAGAGAAAAUAGCAAAAUGGAAGAAGUUAAAUAGAUGUGUAAGGAUAAAGUGCAGAAAAUGUAUGUGUUCUUGGUUUUGCUUUUAAAGCCAGUUUGCUAGGUUUUCUUUGGUAGAACAAGCUUUUCUCACCUGAUAGCAGCUGGAUUAAUAUUUCUCAGUUACCCAUUUCUAUAGACUUAUUUUGUUUUGCACAGUGUUAAACAGUGAAAAGUGAUAAGAAAAAGUGUUUUUACUGUUCACACUCCCCCCCCCACCCCAGUGUAUUUGCAGGAAUUGGGUAUGAUUCAGUAUUUUGCUUUCUCAGAAGAGAGAAACUGCAUCUCUUUCUGCACUUACAGUUGUGAUGCACAACAGAUCAACCAAGAAUGAAAAGUCACUGUACUGCCAGUACUUCUGCUGACUAGUUUCUUUGCCAGUCGCACUCCAUAAGAACAAAUAUAUUGGUAUUAAUGAGAAUUUGGAGGAAUGCUGAAAGCACCACAUUGCUUCCCCUUUGCACCCAUGCAGUACUAAUCAAUACCAGAACUGCCUGUUUAGUGGGACAGAAAUACAUUGUGUAUCAAAGGGUUUAUUUGUAGUUUAAGUCCAUGAGUCAGCAAGCCAUUGUUGGUGUACACAAGGGUUUACAGAUGCACACUAGAGCUGCUUGCUUACUCCUUCAACAGCAGUUCCUUACAUUGCAUUACAGACCACUUUUGAAACUGCACAGAGUUCAAAAGUGACUUGUCAAGCAUUAUGGGGCUGCUGGAGCAGGAAGAAACCCUUCAAUAAUUCUGAUGUAUAAGUGGAGCUUGUCUACAAACCUAAAACAAAAAGGGGCAGGGGAGCAGAAAAUAAGCGGUUACCCAAAUUUACCUUUACCUCCAGCACCACCCACCAAGUCUACUUGCACUCAUAUUUGCAAAGAAAUCAGCAUACAGAAUCCCUCCAAUCCCAAUACUUUUCAUUUAUAUCUGUGUAGGUGUUUGGAUAAAAGAGAGAAUAAAAUAUAACUAUGUCAAACUACUUGUACAAGACAGCCAAACGCCAGUCUGUGUGCCCUCAGGAAUAGGGAUUGGAGCGAUUUUUUGGCCUGCCUCAAAGAACAGGCAGACAAUAGACUUUAGGAACAUAUGUGUACACAUUUAGUGCUAUGUUAAGGGCUUGGGGUGGCUUAGUUCUGUAAUUUUCCUGUCGCUUGCUGUGGAAAAUCUUGACAACAUGUCCAGUGACUUAAUGCUGUGACUGUUCACUUAGCAGUUUCCCUGUUUUGCUAUCACGUUUCUCAGUCUAGAAAAGCCCCCUUUUGGUACUUGAACAAUCUUUUUUUUUUCCUGUUUGAAUGUUUGUUUAAUCAUACUAACAAAGAAUAAAACUCUGAAGUGGUAGUGAGUAUUGUAUGUAUGCAGAUGUAAGAGCUUCUUUGUGAUAUAAAUUAUAAGUGCAGAUCUGGGAAAGCACUACUAGUGUGUGUUUGAAAUUUUGUUUCAUGUACUCAUUCAGAUUUUUCUGGUACCCCUUUUUUUGUUAAUGUCAGUUCAUAAAUGUCUGCUUUAGAAUUUUUGGUAUUUCAAUAUAUUCCUAAAGACAUACAUCCAAAAGAUUUGCAUGCAGUGUUUGUUUCUCCUAUUAAAACAUUUUUUAUUUGAAACAAUCAGUUCCAAUUUUGGCUACCUGAAACCUCUGUUUUAUGAGAUGCAGCAAGAUUUAACUCAGUCAUGGACUGUGUUUUCAGAAGAAAGUGAUUCUUGUUUGGGGUGGUGGGGAGGUCUGCUCCAGAACUGAGGUAUAUUUAAGACACUUUUACAAAAUGUAUUUGACUAGGAAGUCAAAUGAAACUUUAAAAUAAAUAGGAUGGUGACUUGUAGCCCCAGGCAGAUCAAGCACCUAUAGAGAACCCUAUCCAUCAAACUCAAGCCCUCUGCUGCUGUUCCUCCUAGUCAUCUUCACCAACCCAUUCCUGGGCAUUACUUGCCCAGGAAUCUGCUCCUUGCCCUACCUUGCAGCCCCAUCUGACUCCUCUGACUUGCAAUAAGUGAAUAAAACAUCCCCUCAUCAUGAUAACAGGACCAAAUCACCCUGCUUCACCCAACUUAACAGCAACAUGAGCUGGUGAGGUAAUUCACACAUCAAAAACUGUGUUCUACUCAGGUCUGGGAGCUGUGUGUGCUCUCAAUUUUCAGUUGUGUGGAAACAAGAUAAAAGGAAAACAUGGGUAGAAGUGAUUGGUGGAAGCAAGGUAGGAAAAGCUACCCAGGCUUUCCUCCUAUCUUGCUUCCACACAACUGAAAAUUGGGAGCACACACAGCUUCCAAACCUGGGUAGAACAUAGUUCUUGAUUGCUUGAAUGAUCUCUGUGUUUCUCACCUAGGCAAUGGAGAUAGUGCCUGCUACUGCUACAGAAAUUGGGAUGUUUCCUAUCCUACAGUGAGGCUAUUUUCGCGAUCACCCAAAAGCGGGCUAGGGGAGCCUAGCCCAUUUUUGGGCGAUUGUGUGCUGCAACGGGAGCUGCGCAGCUCCUGGCAGGUAGCCUCCAUAAAUACCCCUCCCCUUAGACGAGGUUAACUGAGUGAGUGCUCUGUUAACCUCAUCUUUUUGCUCGUGUGUUGCCACCACGUGGCAACACACAAGUAGACCCCCAACCUGGAGGCUUCAAGCAGCCUCCCUGGCUCUGACGUCUCUCCAGGAUGCCCCGCACACUCACGUGGGCCAUCCUGGAGCUUCUCGUGGCCACACAGCCCCCAAUCCCCGCAGCUCCUGCUGGCUCUGUAACGGAGCCAGCAGUCAUGUGGGCGGCCAAUCCAGCCGCCCAGGGCUGCCUUUGGAUCGUCUGCAGGGAGAGCAGGCCAAGCCCGCUCUCCCCACAGACCCGGAAGAAGCUCUUCUCACUGAUUGUGAGAAGAGCUUCAAUGUCUUCAUGGUUUGACCUUCUUUUGCCUGGCUGCAGGUAUCUCAGCCAAUCCUAGUUCCAUCUUCCUGACUACUGGGCACUAUUUCUACACAUUCUUUUCCUUGUUGCCACUAUGACUCGCUUCGAUCUUGCAGUGAGGGGAGGGUGAGUGAGCAGGUGGUUGGUGGGGAGAAGCAGCAACAGCCAUCAAUUUGCUCAUGCCAUAGAAGAUGGCUGAACAGUUGGAUCUUCUCUCUUAAUUUCUAUGGGGAUGUUUGCCUGAGGGACCUCUAAAAACCUGAAGUUGGUACUAUGUAGCUUCUUCCAUUUGUGCACCUGCUUGCUAUGCAGAUUAGCCCCCACCAUGUGAUUUUUUUCAUCUUGUUUUCACAAGGCAUUGACAGGAAUUUUUAUCCGUGGUAUGAAGAGAACACCACAUAGUGGUUUUGCAGUAGCUCAUUGCAUGGCAGUCAUAUCAUGCAAAACUAUUUUCAAAUAUAUAGAAUGUUCCUUUUUUUAAUAUGAAAGGACAUUGCUUACAAACAAAUAUCCAUUUUGGGUCCAAGAUUUAAAAGGCCAAGGUAUUCCAGUGAAGCAAAAAAAAAAAAAGGUGGGGGGGAGGUAAAACUUGUUUGAGAAGCAACACUGUGGGCCAAACUAGAUGAGACACUGGGAGACCUGUAAUCAAUUGCCCCCAUAUUUGUUACACGUCAAAGCAGCCACAGGCUUAUCCCCUAAUACAGUCAUUCUCAAACCUGGGUCCUCAGAUGGUGUUCGACUACAAUGCCCAUCAUCCCCAGCCGAUUAUUGUGGCUGGGAAUGAUGGAAGUUGUAAGCCAUCAUCAUCAUUCAGGUUUGAGAACCUCUGCCCUAAUUUGAUGAGAUGCUGAUCCUUGAUCUUUCUGUGUCUCCUCUAGUCUGGCCCUAAAUAAAUGACUUUGCUUAGGAAGUAUGUUUUAAGUGAAUACUAAGAAGAAAUCAUUAUUUUGCAAAUCUGGUGUUCUGCAGGCAGAAAACUUCCACAGGGAGGGAGGGAGGGAGGGAAUUCUUAUGCAUAUUUUGUUCUGAAGAGCAUGUGAGGCUCCAUAAUCAGUCUGACUUUUCUAGGAGAUACUGUUUCAAGCACUGGCAUUUGGGGCUGGCUCCAGAGUUUUAAUGCAAUUUUUUCUACUAUUCACCACCUUUAGGCAGUAUGCCUUUUGUCCUGUCUUAUGGCUAAUGCAGAUAUUCCCACUGGCUUAGAAUUUAACUUGAAGAGCUCUUUACAGAGAAUUGCACUGCAUUCUGGAUUUGUUAAAAGAGAAUCGCAAGGAUUCAAUGAGUAUUGCAUGUAGCAGUGACUCUUGUUAAGAGGCCACUGAUAUUUCACAUCAUUUGGUAUCUUGCCUGUUAUCCAUGGGAACAUUGCACUUUCUUCUGUUAGCACCUCGGGGCACUUUUGUGGUUUUUGUUGUUGUUGUUUUAAGGCAAGGAGUUUGCAGUGCUUACAGAAAACUAUUUCAAGACAUUUUUCAGUGGUCUACAUAACCCCCUGUCAUCACAGAUCUGUUUAAGUGGAACUAUGCCCUCACUUAUGCCAGCCAGCUGUGCAAAUGAAUCCAUGUGUUUGUCUUUUGAAGUGUAGAGUGUUUGGUCUCUGGGUGACUGACUAGGAAGAAAUCUGACUCAAUCUGUUAAUAAUUUUGUAUAUUUUUUGCCAGUUUACAGCACCAUGGGAUUGUACUGAUCUGCAACGUACACACGCACACGUGUGUGUGUUGUGUGUACACUAUAUGUAUAUAGAUAUAUGGGAAAUAAAUUCACAUACACACAUCUAUAUACAUAAGCCGUAAGUGGCACUGCCCUUCUAACAAUCCAAAUUCACUUGGUUUACCCGCCCCCCAGUCUGAAAGUUGGGAUUCCCCCUGCAAAAAAACAGAAGUCCGGGUUCAUCACUAAUACUCCUGAUGUGCUUUUAAAAUUCUGUUUUUUUAGCAUUUUACUUACUUGCUCCAGAAUAAAACAUUAGAAUUUAUUCAAAGCAAAGCUGUUUGCAUUUUAAAGCAGCCCCAUUUACUUUGAGAUAUAACAGUUGCACAUAUUUUAAAUAAAUAAAAACCCCAUCCAGAGCUAAUGUGCAAAGGAGAGCAGCAGCAUUCAUCACUGUGUAUGGACUCAUUUUUAUAUAUAUAGAAAUAUUUGUAUCUAUGUAAGAAUGAGUGGUAACUUCAUCUUAUAUUGAGGUAUGCCAGGACUGUACACUCCUUUGUACAUCCCGCACAUGAACAUUGCAUUCUUGAAAUCCAUUUUGGUUUUCCUUUUAAGGGAUGCUGUUUGUCAAAGAUCUUGCUUCUCAUGGGGAUUGUUGAUUUUGUUUUGUUUUUGUUCUUUUAAUAUGAAUUCCAGCAUGUUAACUUUGGUAGUCUUGUUGGUAUGUAAAACCUGUUCUUCUGUCAUUUUAUGGUGUAGUCAAAUUCAUGUAGUUUAACUUUUAAAAAGAAACUGCUUCAUGAGAAAAACAGUUGUAUGUUAGUCAUAUUGUAGUUUCUAGAUGAGUAAUGCAACAUUGUACUUGUCACCAAAUGUGCUAUGAUCUUACUGUAUGUUUCUAUUUUUUAAAAUAGAUGGUUGAGCUUUGGAAUCCCAGACACUAAGCAUUCUGGCCUACUUUGCUUUAGAAUAAAAAUGCAAUAAAGGAUUGCAAUAAAGCACAUUUACAUGUAAUGUUUUAGAAGGAUGUACUGACCGCUGUUUCUAAUAAAUUCAGAAAUACAGCCUAGCUGCUAUGA